AUGGAGAGUGAGGAUGUGCUACCAAAUGACAACAAAGGCCCGAUGCUCUUGGGGAUUGUCUGGUCCCUAUGGGCCCUGACGACAAUCAUCUACAUCAUUCGUCUCUGCGCCCGACCCUCGAGGAAAUUCGACUUUACUGCUGCAGAGUAUACGAUAACGGCUGCGCUGAUAGCGAAGACGAUUUCGGUUGCAUUUAUGACGGCGGCGAUAUCCCGAGGGUUCGGAAGACACAAUAUCUACAUCAGUCCGGAUGACCGGGGCCUCAUCAGGCGAUAUACCGUGGGCGUUUUCAUGUCGGGCGUGCCGGCGUCCUGCUUGGCGAGGGUGUCGAUUGCGUGUCUGCUCCUACGACUUACGACGAGCCGGCUGUGGAGAUGGGCCCUCAAGGGGACAAUCGUGCUGCAGGCCCUGGUUGUCCUUGUCUACGAGCUCUCGCAGUUUAUCCAGUGCAACUCGGUCAUUACUGGAAUAUCCCCCAACGACAGCAAAUGUCUUCCCAAGAGUCACGUCUGGGGAUUCACCUUCAUGUCCUUUGCUUCUGCCAUGAUUAGCGACUUCAUCUGCGCGACGAUUCCUUUCUUCCUCCUCCGUCACCUAACCCGCUCCGUCGUCGAAAAAGCUCUCAUCUACGUUCUCAUGGCCUCGUCCCUAAUUGCUACCGCCAUCGGCAUCCCCAAGCUCUACCACGUCCUCACGUACAACUAUGGAGGUCCGGACGGACUAUAUGAACUCCUACCGGAAUUCUUCUGGUGUCGCAUGGAGGAGGCGGCGAUCAUCAUGGCCGCUUGCGCGCCACUACUCAAGUGUCCUGUGGAGAGGGUUCUGAAACGGAUGGGCUUGCCGACGUUUAAAAUACCGACGAGAGGCUUGAAAUCUCUAAGGUCGUUGUCCGGGCUAGGGCAAGGGAGCGACACCGCUAGCAACUCAGGCCCUGAUUCCGCGGACUCUGCCUGCUGGGGUGGGUCGACGAAGACGACGCCGGACGUUUCGUCGAGUACUACUGAUGCGAAGUCGACAAGCCAACAUCACUAA